CUCCAAUCCCACGAAGAUCUUCGGUUGGUCUUUUUAUGACGCUUCUUGUCAUUUGAAUUGUGCAAAACAUUUUUCACAUAUUGCAUUACUUUUACUACAUCAAAUCAUUACCAUUGAAACGAUAAACGAUUCAUUGCGAAUUUGUAUUGUCAUACAAUUAAUAUUAUUCAAAAAACGUUUGAAAGUGAGAGCUGUCACUUGCAGGCAUUCGCACGCGAUUACUACGGCGGUUGUGUUUAAAUUCAACGGUUAAAAGUGAUUCUUAUAUGUGCGUAAUAUAAAAAAAAUACUCUUUCUUUCAAUAAUUCGUCACAUCGAUUUUGGUAAAUUUAGCAUAGUAAACUUAGGAAAUAUACUUGGUCCAUAUUCUAAAAAUAAUUAUAAGGCGUCGGUUGGAAUUUGGAUAGUUCUGUUCAUCAUACAAUGGACCCUUUCACCCAGAGAAUGUUGGAACGUGCUAGAGCAAGGAGAGAAAAAUUAGAUACUCAAUUAUCAAAUGCAGGACAUGAUAUAAAAAAAAGACGUAGUCCUUUAAAAGAUGCAAAUACUAUUUUAGCUCAGGUUGCAGCUUCCAAAACUAAAACACCAACCAAAUCUCCUGUUAAAAUAUCAACUGAGAACACAUCUUCAGGAAAGUCUUCACGAAAAUCUAUAUCUAAAAAUGUUACUAAUGAAAAUAAUCAGAAUACAAACAAAGAAAAUGGAAACAUUGGAUUGUGCAAUGUGAAGUCAAAGUUACAGAGGCUUGGCGAGCUGUAUUCUGAUGACAGUAGUAAAGAAUUAAGUUCUCCUAUUCAUCGAACAGAAGAAAACUUUAAUGCAGAAGAAGAAGUUAUUGAACAAAAAUCAUCCAAACGAGGAGCUAGACUUGAUAGAUUAGCAGCUCUUGCUUCAACAAUUAAUAACUGGGAAGAUGAUCUUUCACACCCAACUUUAACAAAACCAGCAAAUAGUAAAGCAGACAGAAUACAAGCAAAGUUAAAUGAACAAGUAAAAUCUAUCCCAGAGCCACAACCAAGCACAAGUGGAUAUAACAAGGGAAAUAGAUAUAGUAAAGGUACUAAUUCUAAGAAAGAACAACCUUCUACAAAACAAUUGAAAUGGGAUAAAACUAUAUUGGAAACACUAGAGGCUCAAGGCUUUAGUCGUACACAAAGCGAUAGUCGCCUUGUAUAUGACUAUAAGACUUGUUCUCAGGGAAAAGAUGAGGGUUCUUUGAGUUCAUCAUCUAAAUAUAUUCGGCAAAAUCAACAAACUGUUACAGUAAUUUGCGAAGGGAAACAAGAUAAAAAAGAAAAUUUAUCAAAACAUAUUGAUAACAAACAUUCUAAUACUCCAGAAAAAACAUCAAGAAAUAUAACACCAAACACAAAUAAUAAUCGAUUAACACCUAGAUUUGGUUAUAAUGGCUCUCCUAAAAGCCCUGCUCAAUCUAGCCCAGGUUCAGUAUUAAGCAAAGCUUCCUUAUUUGAAUCUAAGAAUACAGAAACUAAAGCAAAAGAAAAAGAUCCUACCCAAAUGACACUUUCUGAACGAAUGGCACUUUUUGAGAAAAAUAAAGAAGCACCAUUAUUACCCAAGGCGCCUCUUGCUAUGUCCAUACCUCCGAAAAAAUUGCAAGAAAAGGACAAUAGUUUGUCGACAAUACAUCCAAAUAGUAGAGUAAAGGAACGAUCUAAAGCUGAUAUUCCUAAUAAUGCUGUUAAUGUUCAGCGAGAAAAAUUUGAACAAGGUUUAAAUAUGCAAGAGUUAGAAAAUAAUAUUUUACAUAACACUUAUCUAGAACGACAACGUGAAUUAGAUGUGUUACGCUCUCGUUUUAAUAGAAAUAAAGAAAUGGUACAAGCAGCUGCUGGUUCAUGUAUUAGAACAAGUGAAAGUAGUGAAGGAAAAUCAAAUUCGCCUAAAAAUUCUCCAAUUUGUCCAGUAAAACCAACGCCUGCGCCUGAUCACAGUGUACCACCACCUCCGCCACCUCCUCCACAAUCACAAAUUUCUAGGGAGAAAUCAGUCUUAAAUCAGAAUAAAAAUUCACCAAUUAAAAGACAAGUUGUAAGUAGUUCAACAAAAACAACUCAACAGACAAAAGCAGCGUUUGAUAUUAAACGCAUUCGUGUUGCUCCACCUAAACUUGGAUAUCUCUAUCCUAAUCUUUCUGAGAUUGAAAAUAGUACAGAAACAGAAACGGAUACAGAGUAUAUGGUUAACAGUACAGAAGCAGAGACUGCUACUUUAGAUGAGAAAACUAGUACAGAGACAGAAACAGAGGCUGAAUAUUACGUGGAGGAUAAUGAAAGUGAAGCUGACAGUGAAGAAGAAACUGGAAACAUGAAUACUAGUCUUGGAAGUAUUUUACGUGUUGUUAAUGAACAGUCUUUCCUAAACAAAAAGAGAUCGAUUGAUCCAGAUCCAGAUAGUACAACUUCCGAUAUUUCAGUAUUGGAUGAAAUGGACGAAUAUUUAGAUGAAUGUCUUGCAUCACAAGACGGAUAUAAUGAGAACUCCUAUACAGAAGAGGGACCAACUCCUCCUAAGUUAAAUAAAGCUGGUAAAAAUCCAUCAACGACUUCAAUAAGUUUCAAAUAUAAUGAAGGAUCAUCUUAUUGUUCACCUGUAAAAAAAGUUUUUCCAUCUCCAAAAAAGGAGGAGGCUUAUAUUGUAGAUGGAGAAAAUUGUGAACCAUUAUUACGUAGUGUUAGUUUUUAUAGACGACAACAAUCUCAAACACCAAAAACACCAGUACGUAUAAUAUCAAGAACAAAAGAGUCAACUAAUCCUAUUUCUGACACGACACAACUUGAUACCAAAAGUGAAGCAAUUUUAGUAAAAGAAAAAGUGAAACGAUUAUUAGAUGAAAUAUGCAAACAACAGACAAUUAUUGGUCAAGCUAGUCAGGCACUAAAUUUGUGUACUUCUACUGUGGAAUUCAAUGGUUCCAGGGAACAGGUUGAAGGAGAGAGAUUAUUGCUUCUUGCUACUCACAGAAGACAAGCUGCACUAAAUGAAGUUCAACGAUUGAAAGUAGAAGGUUCUUUAAAACCUGUUACUCCUGGAUCGCCAGAAGUACAAGAAAGUGGUUCUCUAACAGUGUCCGCUAUUACCUUACCUCUUAAACGAGAUCAUUUCCGUAAUAUGGGAAUUAGUACGUGUCUUCAUUUCGUUUGUUUGAUGCGGCACUUAGAAGAAAUAGUUGCUACUCCAGUAGUUAUAGCAGAACCUGGUGAUUCAUGUCUUCGAUUUCCAUCAACGCUAAAACUAAAUGAUUUAUAUAGUGACUUUAAAAUUACUAUUGAAUUAGCAAAUAAAACUCCAAAGAAAUUUUUAAAACAAGAAAGUCGAUUAGUAAUGCCUAAUGUGCAAAGUCCAGCUGGACCAUCUGCUGUUAGGUCUCCAGCUUUCCAGCUAUCUGGUUAUGUUAUUUUCAGUUUGAAAGAAAUACAUCGACAACAAUUCACACUGAAUAAGGUACCACCAGAAUGUCCAUUAGAAGGUCAGUUGCAAAUGCAUGUUUCAUGCGAACUUUCGGUAGCGGUUGAACAUAGAGGAUUUCUUACGAUGUUUGAAGAUGUAUCUGGAUUCGGAGCUUGGCAUCGUAGAUGGUGUUUACUCAAAGGCCCUACUUUGUCGUAUUGGAAAUAUCCUGAUGAUGAACGAAAAAAAGCUCCAAUUGGAAGUUUGGAUUUGCAAAAUAUUACUACAACCAAUGUAGGAUUGAUUUCUCGAGAUAUUUGUGCUCGUCCUAAUACCAUUUUGCUUGAAACAACUAAAGCUGCAGAACCUGAAGAUGUUGAUAGUCUAGUUAUAAUUAGGAAUGGACCAACAACAACAAUUAGACAUCUUUUAUCAGCUGAUACAAAAGAAGACAGAUUAGAAUGGUGUUCGAAACUUAAUAAAACACUACAUUUGAUACAUGCUUGGAGUGGACCAUUGGCAUUAUCAUAAUAGUUUAUAUGCAAAAAUAUAAAAUCGUAGCGUAUUAAAAUACGCUUGUUUAUUGAUAUAAUGCGUACAUGUAGUCGUACGCAAUGUAUACUUGUGUAUACUAAACAAUGCAAUUAAAUUUUAAUUGAAAAUGAUUUAUAUUUAAAAUCUAUAUAUUAUAAAUCUGGUAAAUCAUGAAAAAAAAUUCUUUGCUAAAAAUUAAUAGUAUACGAAUAUUAAUAAUAGAAAGCUUUUUUUAGUAUAGAAAGUACAGUAUAAUUUCAAUCAAAUAAUCAUUAAGUAAUCAAAUAAGUAAUCUAACAAAGUACUUUCGUCGAGACAAAUAGAUAAAAAAGUAACUUUUUACUUUUCCGAUAGUAAAAUAAUUUAAAUUUCUUUAUACAGAAGGAAAAUAUACAAAAUACAUACAUAAAUAAAAUAAUACAUAUAAACAAAAUAAUUACAUAAAAAAAUUAAAUAUUCAAAUUUAAAAAUAUAAAUUAUAUAAGAUUUAAGAUACUCAUGCAUUUAUUAUAAUGCAUUGUAAUGAAUUGAUAUGAUUAUACAAAAAAUUUGUAUAUGGUUAAAAUUUAUACUGUAGAUUACAUCUACAAGGCUACUUCAAUAGCAGCUUUAAAUAUUAUUAGAUUGUAAAUAAGAAAAUAAUAGUAUAUUAUAUUCACUAACAAGUAUAUUGUUCACAUUAUAAUAUUAUUAUAUUCACUAACAAAAAAAUAUAUAUGUAUACACAAGUACUGAUAUAAUAAUAUUGCUAUACUACAAUAUUACUGCUAAAAAAGAAUCAUAACAAUUUUGUAUUUCAAAAAAUUUUUAUAUUUUUUACUCUUCUACACAAAAAUUAACUUUAUACUUUAUCAUCGUUAAAUAUUAAAAAUAAAAGGUCAGCCAUCAA